AUGGAAGACCGGUCCAUGCUCCAGCUUCCGCUGUGGCUCGUACGAGCAGAAAUGUUUGCAGCUACUGUUGGUGGAACCCGCAACCCCCCCGACCUACUCGCGUGUUCGCUGAAACCCGGGUCGCCCACGCAGGCCCGGCACAAGGCGCUUUUCUCGCCCAGGGCUCCGGGCGCGGGCACCGCCGUUACGCGCGCCCCGUGCGGGGCACUCCCGCUGCCGACGGGCCGCAGACCGCGCCUGGGUGCUGAGUCCAGGCCGCCCGUCCCCUGCCGGGGCUGCGAGGGGCCGCAGCGCGGCGGGGCCCGGUUCGGAAGGAUAUGGCAAUCCGCUUUAAGCACUCUGAAUCCAAACCCCACCGACAGCUGUCCUCUCUACCUGAAUUACGCCACUGUGGCCGCUUUGCCUUCCAGGGUCAGCCGACACAAUAGUCCAUCUGCAGCUCAGUUCAUCACCCGGCUGGUUAGAAAUUGCCUUCCAGGAGGUGUCAACAGAUGUAUUGUUAUGGUCUGCGAGCGGUCUGAAGUCUUUGCUUCUGCUUGUGCAUUGGCCAGAGCUUUCCCGUUGUUCACACAUCGGUCCAGUGCAUCAAGACGCACAGAGAAGAAAACCGUAACAGUAGAGUUUUUCCUGGUUGGACAAAACAAUGGACCAAUAGAAGUGGCAACACUUAAAUGUCUGGCAAGUGCUACAGAAGGAGUCAGACUGGCUGCUCGAAUUGUGGACACCCCAUGCAAUGAGAUGAACACGGAUAACUUCCUGGAGGAAAUCAAAAAAGUUGGCAAGGAUCUUGGGAUUACUCCUACCAUUAUUCGAGAUGAGGAGCUGAAAGAGAAAGGCUUUGGAGGUAUCUAUGGAGUUGGUAAGGCAGCUCUGCAUCCUCCAGCGCUAGCAGUUCUCAGUCACACUCCAGAUGGUGCUACACAGACCAUUGCAUGGGUGGGCAAAGGUAUUGUGUAUGACACUGGAGGACUCAGCAUUAAGGGAAAGACUACUAUGCCUGGAAUGAAACGAGACUGUGGUGGAGCAGCUGCUAUUUUGGGUGCCUUCAAAGCCACUGUAAAGCAAGGUUUUAAAGACAAUCUUCACGCUGUUUUUUGUUUGGCUGAGAAUGCAGUUGGACCACGUGCAACAAGACCUGAUGACAUUCAUGUUCUUUACUCUGGAAAAACUGUGGAAAUCAAUAACACUGAUGCAGAAGGUAGACUGAUACUGGCUGAUGGAGUAGCUUACGCAUGCAAAGAUCUUGGAGCUGAUAUCAUUCUUGAUAUGGCCACUCUUACUGGAGCUCAGGGAGUUGCUACAGGAAAGUAUCAUGCUGCUGUCCUUACCAAUAACGAAGAGUGGGAAAAGGCUUGUGUUAAAGCUGGCAGGAACUGUGGAGAUUUGGUCCAUCCUCUUGUGUAUUGCCCUGAGCUCCACUUCAGUGAAUUUACCUCUGCUGUAGCUGAUAUGAAGAACUCUGUGGCAGACCGAGACAAUACUCCAAGCUCCUGUGCUGGGCUCUUCAUUGCUUCUCACAUUGGCUUCGACUGGCCUGGAGUCUGGGUCCAUAUAGACAUUGCUGCCCCUGUUCAUGCAGGUGAACGAGCUACUGGCUAUGGCGUGGCUUUGUUGCUGUCCCUGUUUGGAGGGGCAUCUGAAGACCCUUUGCUAAACAUGGUGUCCCCUCUGGGUUGCAAUGGAGACUCUCCCCCCGAAGAUAUGGAGAGGGAUUCCAAAAGGCGGCGCCUGGUUUAAUGCGUCCCCAGCCCUAAGUGACGGGGUGCAUGGGUUACCUCACUUUGCACUGAUUCAUUCUCAAGCAAUGAAAAUGUCACACAUCAGAAAUUGCCAUUUUUUUUACUAUCAUAUAAGAUUUAUUACUUGUUUCUGAUUAAAACAGCCUGAUUUCUUGGUUUUUUUAAAUUAUUGGUGCACACAGUUGCUGAACAAUAUCAGUGGUGCAGAGUCCAGGCUCAACUAACUGCAUCAGGAAGAGGGCACAUCCUCCUCUGAGCCCCUUACAAAACCUAACUAAGUGCAUUAAUGCAUGAGAAGCUCUCUCUAGUCUGAAGAAGCAACUGCAGCUAUUGCUUACAAAGCCUUCUGAAUUACUUAUUAUAUGUGAGGUUUUAUCAGACAUUUCUGCAGGCCCCACUACAUCUCGGAACACAGGACAAGGAAAAAAAUCUCUGUAGACUUGGCUUAUUCAGUGACAAUUUAGCUUAGCAGCAAAGGAGAUGUAAUGAGAAAAGGCCUAUAGUUUUAAUACGGUGCUGUUUCCGCAUGUUUAAUGUUUUUCUGACCAGUAAAAUCAGUGAGAGUGGUCCAGAACAUAUCUCUACAUAAAUCUUUCACAUACACGUUGCAGAAUGUAUUCAUGUUAAAUGAGGAAAAAAAUAGAGGGACUGUGAUUGAGUAAAAUCGGUUUACAAAGCAGAGUGGCUUCUUGCCACUUAAUAAAUUUAUUAUUAUUAAAGCAGCUUAUGUAUCCCA